AUGGAUUACAAAACCACGUUCCUGCUUGUAACCUUUUUGGUGGGGAGCUUUGCUCUCCAAGAGCCUGAAAAUGACUACUUCUUCUUUCGUCACGAUAUUAGUUCCCGUAUCGUUGGCGGAACCCCAGCAGCUCCUGGAAGUCACCCUCACAUGGUAGCUUUAACCAGUGGCUUCCUGAUCAGAACAUUCAUCUGUGGAGGAUCUCUUAUCUCGCAACGCACUGUCUUGACUGCCGCUCAUUGUAUUCGCAACCCCAGCACAGGCGGUGUUAUCAGAGACAAUAACCUACGUGUAACCGUCGGCACCAACGCCUGGAGAUACGGCGGUUCGCAGCACCGCGUAUCUCGCCUGGUGAUGCACCCUGCCUACCACCACCCAACUAUUAAGAAUGACAUCGCUGUUGUCACCACCAGCACUGUUGUUGCUGUGAACAACAACGUGCGACCUGUAGCCCUGUCAUUCGAUCACGUUGGCAGCAAUGUUCCUGUCCGUGUUGCUGGCUGGGGCGCGCAGAGAAGGGGUGGUUCUGUUUCUUACAGUCUUCAAGAAGUGAACCUCUCCACCCUCGACAGUCAAGAGUGCGUGAGAAUUAUAAGACAGGCGGCUCUUGAGGCCGGUUAUAAUUUACACUCAGACCCCAGAGUCGAGAUCUGUACCCUACGUGGUGUUGGACUCGGUACUUGUAACGGUGACUCCGGAUCUGCCUUGAACCGUAUAGACAAUGGUCGACAGAUCGGAAUCGUGUCCUGGGGCUUCCCAUGCGCUCGUGGUGUACCUGACUCGUUUGUGCGUAUCAGCGCCUUCAGGGAAUUUAUCCAGGCUAACCUUGUCUUAUAA